GAGGACUAAUUUCGCCAAACAUUUGUAUCACUUUUUAAAAUUUGAUCAAAACGUCAUUUAGAGAUAUGGAAGCGUACUUAAUUGGCUCACGAACUUCAGAGAACCAAUGAAAAGCACGUGGAAAGUGUGACACGAACCAGCAUUUUGUCAUUGGUAUGAAGGUGGUGUUGUCGACAACGGCGUUGGCGGUCGGAUGCGUAGGCUCUGCGCAGAGUAAGGCGAUGGACACGUCCAAGACCCUGCGUCGGUUCGCGUUUGGGUCCAACAUCCAUCAAGACCUGCCGCAGCCUAUUUGGCGCGCCAUUGAGAAAACGAACCCUGAACUGUUCUUGUCGCUCGGCAACAACAUUUACGGCGAUGACACGAAGUACGAAUGGAAGUCGUUAACGCAGGGGAUUGACCGCGACGCCGAGCCCGUUGGACUCCAAGAGAAAUACGAAAAGCAGCGCAACAACUCGGACUAUGCGCGCUUUGUGGAAUCCACCCCCGUCGUCGGCAUCUGGGACGACCACGACUACGGAAGCAACGACGGCAACAAAGAAUUCGACCAUCGCGAGUUGAGCCAAGAACUGUUCUUGGACUUCAUCGGGGAGCUCGAGGACUCGCCGCGUCGGACGCAAGCGGGCAUUUACACGUCGUACACGUUUGGCUCGGGCGACCAAGCCGUCAAGCUCCUCUUGCUCGACAAUCGCUACCACAAAGACCCGUACGUGUCCAAGCACGCAAAGAAGAACGUGACGGAUUUCAACGGCCAAAAUGGAGACAUCUUGGGCGAGGCCCAGUGGACGUGGCUGGCCGCCCAACUGUACGAGUCCACGGCAGCGUUCCACGUCAUCGGGUCGGCGCUGCAAGUGCUGCCCAACGAUCGGUGGUUCGGCACCGAGUCGUAUUCAGCGUUUUCCGUCGCCCAUCGCCGCUUUGUCGACCUGCUGCAAGUGUCCAACGCGUCUGGCGUCGUGCUCUUGAGUGGCAACGUCGAGUUUGCGGAAAUCAACCAAGUCCAGUGCGGGGCCACGAACGCGUUCAAGCUGACAGAAGUGACGUCGUCGGGGUUGACGCACUCAGCUUUGGAGUGGACCAUCAGUCCAUUCCACUUGGCGUCGGCGUUCUGGUACACCGUGUCGAACGCGCUGCUGCCGUGGCACUACCGCCUCAACCGGCGCGCGCACUUUGGGGGCCUCAACUUUGGCGACGUCCAAUUUGACUGGACGACAUCGCCGCCCACGGCUGUCGUGUCGGUCAAGGACGUGCGCGGCCGCGUCAAGCUGCAGACGGUGUUCCCGUCGACCAAGUUUGGCGAACCGGCCGAGAACACCGGGUGCGAACCCAUCCACGCCGUGAGCCCGGGAAGCGUUAUGGUCCGCGUCAUGGCGCUGUUCGCCAUCAUGACUGUGUUCUUCGCAAGUGUGCUUGUGAAUGUGGUCGUGGUCGUGGUCGUGCCAUUGCAGAUUCUACGUCGGCUUGUGUUUGGCCAACCAGUCAAGCCCAAAGCGGACUAGGUAGAUGCACAUGUAUCCUGCAUCAAAGUGAUUCCUAGUUGGGGGAGGGAAACACUCAAAUCUACUUUACAGCUACUGUACGGUACAGUGUACAUUGCGCUGUAUGGUUGAGAGUUGAUAAUGUCAAGGUAGUAAGCACUACUACAGUACAUGACGGAGUGUUAUGACGGAUUCUUCUUGCUUUAGCAUAAUAAAUUCAAUCUAGUAUAGCACAGGACGCUUGAAAGACUUCUAUAUUAGCGUCGUCGUCGGCGCACCCCCGGCAGUUCGUUGGCGAGGACAAUCGCAGCAGAAUCAUCCACAGGCACGUCGGCAGGAGCAACGAGGGCAUCAAAUGCACCUUUGAACUGCAGUGAAAUCGGCGUCGAAUGUACCGAUGCAGUUGGGGCGGGGGCGCGCCUCGCAUGGAGGCGUGUUGCCAUGAGCCGAUUCUGGCGUUCGAUGUAUGCUUGAUCGAUGGCCCACAAGUCCAGCACGGGUCCUGUCGUAGCUGUAGUCGCAAUGGGGAUCGAUGUCCCUGGGGUGAGGAGUGAAGGCGAGACCCCGGUCCAGAGAGAGACGAGACGGCGGCGGAGACGAGUGGCGAGAGACUCGCGCUUGGCCAACGCGUAGCGCAUGCGCAGGCGGCGUAGUCGUUUGACGGUUUCCUUUUCCGCCACAUUCGAUUCGUCAUCUUCCAGGAUUGUCGAGCCAUUUAGCUCAGGCUUCGUUGUCGGCUUGGAAGGCUUCGGGCGAGGGAUGGGAACGUACGGUGAAAAGGUCACACGUCGCGGAGAGCACAGCGUGACCCCUGUAAUGGGUGUCGUGGGUCCGACAAUCUCGCGACGGCGCCACUUGGAGAUGGACGCGGGAGUGUGACACUCAUCCUUGGAUGGAUUGAGCACUGCUGAAGAACUUGUUCGCGACGCCGCUUUGGACUCGGCGGUCCGCAGGAUGCUUCGAACCGAUGUGUUUGCUUGGCUCAUGAUGUGAGAUGAAAUGUCCUCUGAAGUCCGAAGUCCUCACCCCAUACAAAUGAUAAGCUAACUUUUGAACUCGAACUACAAAUCG